CGGCUACCACUCGGUGAGUCCGAGGGGAAGCCGCCAGUCUCUGCUGGUACAUCGGAGUUGCGCGUUCUCUCGCUUUUCUCGUUUUCCGAUCUCUCUCAUAACGCGUUUCCCGAGCGAGUUCUCUGGGAAGAGGCGAUCGUAUAAUAGUUUCAUGAUAAUCGUUCCUUCCUUCGUCGAUACGUCGUAAAUUCUCUAGUCAUAUAACUGUUCCAUCAAGGAGAUAUAUAUACGCAUUACACAUAUAUAUAUAGCAUACAGACAUAUUAUAUAUAUAUAUAUAUAUUUUACUGUGCAUCCUGUUCUACGCUUCUACUACGUCUUCAAGUUUGCAUAUGGAGAAAGUAUAAGAUACACAUCGAUCAAAGAGUACGGAAUCGACGAAAGGAAGAACGCUAUUGGCUGAAAACGACAACAAGAUUCGUGAUCAGCCAAGAUCAGCCACGACGACGUCACGAAGGACAACGUUGUCAUCAACGCCGCGUCAAAGUCGGCAGGAGCCUUAACGAAUAUAAUAUUCCCGCGCUGGUGGCAAGACGGCCGAUCGUGCGGUAGUACUCUCGAUUAUCCCGUGGUCGCUACGAGCGAGAACAGCCCGAAGAUUUUUCCACCGAGGUCCAAAAUGCACAUCGAGGUGCAGGUGGCGCUCAAUUUCGUGAUAUCGUAUCUCUAUAAUAAGUUACCACGGAGGCGGGUCAAUAUCUUUGGCGAGGAGCUCGAGAAGGCUCUAAAGGAUAAGUUCAAAGGACACUGGUAUCCGGAGAAGCCGUUCAAGGGUUCGGCCUUCAGAUGCCUGAAAACCGGCGAUCCUGUGGAUCCUGUCCUAGAACGAGCCGCGAAAGAAAGCGGUGUACCGAUUCAAGACAUCCUGGAGAAUUUACCGGCCGAAUUAGCUGUGUGGGUGGACCCUGGUGAAGUCAGCUAUCGAAUAGGCGAGAUGAAUGCCGUAAAGAUCCUUUACUCUGAAACUGGAGAUCCCCACGAUGAGAGUUCGGCCGAUCGAGAAGUUACCAAAACGUUCAAUCCGGAGGCUCAAUGCUUCAGACCGAUCGAAGCUGUCGGUACGUCCUUGGGUGGUCUCAGUCUAAGUCCCAAAUCCACUUCGCCCUUCCCGAAUUCUUUAGCCAGUAGCAGCAGCAACAGCAAUGGUUCCUCCAACAAUCAGCAGAACAGUCACGGUUCCGGCUCUUCUUCGGCACCCUCGCCCACGCCUAUCGGUAGCUCAUUCAAGGGUUCGCCCAGUCCCGUACCAAACUUCAUACCGCGUACCACAGCGCCGCUCACCUUCACGACCGCCACCUUCGCUCAAACCAAAUUUGGCAGCACCAAGCUGAAGACAAGCAGCAAACGAGCGAACAGGAUGUCGCCCACCGAGUUUUCGAAUUAUAUAAAGCAGCGUGCGAUGCAACAACAGAUUCAUCAUCAUCAUCAUCAUCAGCAACACCAGCAGCAGCAACAGCAGCAACAGCAACAACAACAGCAGCAACAGGCGCAACAGGCACAGCAGCAACAGGGUCAACAGCAAGGUAGCACCGGACUACCGGUGUCGCAGAAUUCACCGAGCAAUCGCAGCCUAUCGCCGGGUAGCAUAGUCGGCGCUGGUGGAGCAGCGACUCAACAGCACACGGAUCCGAGUGCAUAUUUCUUCCAGCACGGUCCAGCUGCGGCUGCUGCUGCCGCAUAUCAUCCUCAAUUUUCUCAUCGCAACAUCUUCGAUUCGUCGAGCCACGGCGGUUACCUUCCAAGCGAUCUUUACGCCGGUGCCGCAAAGUUCCCGUCGUCUUAUCUUGACCCCGGUACGAUCGCCGGGCAUCAGUUUUACGGUGGUAGCGUGAACGGUACUGGCGGUAGCAACGGCACCAGCAGCAACGGCAUCGUUACAGCUGGUAAUGGUGGUAAUGCGCAAAACGCCGCGAAUCUUGGACCUAUUGGAUCAGCAGUGACACCCAGUGCUGCCAGCGUAAAUGCGGCGACGGCUCAACAACAGCCUGACAAGAACGCUCUCGUCGAGGGCUUGAAUAAUUUCGGACUCGGCUCGGUGGCACCCUAUCCUGCCAGCCAAUAUCAGCAUCUCCUUGUAGCCAAUUAAUAUCCUGCGCGUUUACACACUACUCGGCAAGUUGCCACGCGCCUAACGAUACGCUCCGCAGCGCGACGCUCCUCCUCGACCUCCCCAUCGCCAGGACGACUCUUGCCGACCUUUAACAAGGUCUGUCCAUCGGUUUAUCGCCUUCCUCUUAGGAAGUCCCCGUAAAGAAUAGAAAACGAAUCUGAAGAAGAGGACGCGUUUCUUACAUGUUUCCGUUCUCCGACUCCUGUAUUUUGAUAGUCGAAAGAGAGGGAGAGAGAGAGAGAGAGAGAGAGAGAGAGAGAGAGAGAGAGAAAUACGAUACGAAGAAGAAAAGAGGAGGUAGACGUCGAAAUGAUCGUGGGAGCGUUGUCGUUAACGAUACAAAAGUAAAAGUAAAAAUAACGACAACAAUGCAUACCCAAAAUAGAGACCCGAUGACUACGACGACAGGGACGACUAGGACGACGAACACGAAGACAGCGCAGCAGUUUGUUCGAUAAAACCGAAUCGAUCAUACGAGUCCGGUACUCUACGAGCGAACAUAACGCAUCCACGACGUUACCGCCGACAUGGAAACGUAUCACACACACACAAACACACACACACACAUAUAUAUAUGUAUCUAUACAUACAUACACAUAUAUAUACAUAUAUAUAUUAUUAUUAUUAAAAGAACAGACAUACACACAUGUCACGAAGAAAAGAGAUGAUACACGCAUAAAGCUACACACAAGGACACAAAACUACCUCGAAAACGAAGCUUACAGAAAGCAUCAUGGUCCACGAUCCCGCGACGAUUACGUAUGCGUGUGCACGAACGCAUUACGUUUCACUUUUACAUGCGAUAUAUACUGAAGAUGGAGCAACGAGAUGCUACUCUUUGAAUCCCGUGAAACGUUCUAGAAGAAGAAAAGAAAGAAGAAAACAGCGAUAACUGACGGACAACAGCUAAACGAACGUUCGAGGAUGACGGUCCGACGGUGAACACACAUAUACAUAAAAAUACAUACAUGCAUACUUACACGGCACGUAUUACACGUACACACACAUACAUAUUACCAAGACGUAAUAAUUUAUUUUUUCACUGGUAUAGUCGGAGAAUUGAUAAUGAAUAUAACUGUAGAGCCUAUGUAUUAUAUUCAAGAUGCACUCACUUUACGGGUUCUCGCGAAACGGUAGGAAGUAUCUGUCAAUUUCUGUCGAGCUUGACGACGGAUAUUAUUAACGGGGAAAGAGAUACAAGAGGUGAUUAAAAACGGUGGUAUAGAGAGAGAGGGGGGGCAAAGAGAAAAGAAAAUAUCUGAAGAUCGCCGAGCGAAAUCCGAAAAAGGGAGGAAGUGAAUUUCUCUCUUUCUCGUGGGUAGCACGGAUAAAAAAAGAAAGAAAGAAAGAAAGAGAGCGCAUGCAGUUUCAUACCGUUCGGAAAAUUCGUCUUCGGUACGGUUUUACAUUUUAUUUUUAUAAUAAAUGCAGUAGAACGUAGAAGAGAUGAUGUGAGAGAGGGUGAAAAAGUAGAAGAGGAAGAAUUGGACGAAGACGAUGGGCGUUGUACUCGCAAGGAUUAGCGUACGAACGACGAAGUCAUAUUUAUCGAUCUUCGAAUCUAUCAAUCCUAUAUACUAUAUAAGAUCGAAAGGAAGAAAGAUUUGAUAUGUGACACGUCGUCUCUGUACCAUCUUGGAGAUUAGAAAAUUAGGUUAAAAGGCCGCGGUUAUUGUCUUACGGUGUCCCAUGCGAGCUCGCGAUUUUGUCCGAUCGACGUUUAAAUUAAAGAAAGAGGCUCGGCUGUUUUCAUUUUGGGGAAAAGACACGCGUCUAUUCGAAUUAUCGACUUUUUCUGAUGAAUCUGAAAUUAAAGAAAAAAAAAAGCAGAAGGAAGAAGGAAAACAAAAAUCGAAUAAACUUUUUUGAUUUCGAACAAUUUAGAUUUUGCCGGGGGGAGGGGAUUUUUUUCAUUUUCAUCGAUCGAACCUCUCUCGCGAGCUCUCGUCGAGAAAAAAAAAGCAGGGAGAAUACAUGGAAAGAAAUACAAAGCAAAGGGAGAGAAAGAAACAGAAAAAAAAUAUAACUCGACAGUAACGGCGGCAGCAGCGGCGAUGAUAAAAAAAAGUUUGAUAGGCGAAGAAAAAGGAGGAAGUGUUACGAGCCGCGGGCUGGGGUACACUAGGUGCUAAAAGUAUUAAAAACAAACAAACAAAAGUGUUUAACUUAUCGUAAAUGCGACAAAAUCGUAAGGAUGCGCGCAUCCGGAGACCGUCGACAGGCCCGGCAACAGUUGGAUAAUAGAAAAAUGAAAAAAAGAGAGAUGGAGAGGAGAGAGAGAGAGGAAGAGAGAAAUUUUAGAAACGAGGAGAAAAGUGGAAUAAAAGAGGAAAUUCGAAUUCCUCAUUUCUGUGUACGCAUCUCUCUCUCUAGUAACAUUCGUACUUACAUACGUAUUAUGUAAAGAAGAAGGAGGAGAAGGAGAAGAAAAAAGAAGAAGAAGAGGAUAGAAAAAUAAGCACGAAAAAAUGUGUAUAUAAACGUAUAUCAUUUACGGAACGCGUCAACGUUUAUCAAAUGUUCGACGGCUCUGUCGCCUUUUCUUCGUUGAUUUUCUUCUCUUUCUAAAAUUAUUUACCAUCGAAAAAAAGAAGAAAACAAAGAAAAAGAAAAAAAUGGCGACAGCUCAGCGUCCUUCCUUUGCGUACUUCUUCUGUGAGUGAACGAAAUUUACUUGAGAAUCUCUCAGCUUAUCUCGACGAUUUCAAAUGUACGUGAAGGAACAUCGUCGUUGAUGAUCGAUGUCGUUGUUGUUGUAUUGUCAUUGAGUCACGAGAGAGAAGAGAAGAUAGCCGUGUUAGAUUGACUUCAGAACGAACGAGGAUCCUAUAACGAUAUAUCCUCCGCGAUUAGUAUAAAAUAGUCCCUAUAAAAUAUGUAUAUGCGCGGGCCACUCGGCAGCCGUCCUCUCCGGAUGCACGGGGCGUGUUGGAAUGGGAGGUCAUAAUAUAUGAGUUUUUAACUACGAAAACCUAUACUAAUAAAAUUAAUAAAAAGGGUAAAAGUGUUAAAUAAAAAGAAGAAGAGACGUAUGAGAACGACACGAAGACAAGGAAGGAAAGAAAAAAAUACAGAGAGAAAUGAAGAGAGAAAGAAACGAAGAAGAAGAAGUGAAAGAGAAGCACGGCAGUACCCUGUAGUAAUAUCUAAACUUAAUUGUAACUAUUAACGAUACGUACGACUGUGGUAGCUAUGCUAGUACCUGCUAUUAUUAACAAGAGAAAAAACGAUGUGGUGGUGUGAGAUGGAUUGAUUGGGAAAGUGAGUAAGAGAAAGAGGAACAGACAAACAGAAAGACACGGAAGAAACGAAAGAAAAAGGAAAACACUAGGAAGGCCUUAGAAGCAUCGAGAUAGAAGAGAAGAAAAAAAGUUGAGAUGCUGCGAACCGAGUUGCCGUAUUCUCUCUAACUGUGGUAAAAAUCCAUCUUGCGGCAACGAGGAAACGCUCGGGUAACCUAGUGCUUCCGCUUUUUAUACGUGAGGGAAUAGGAACGAAAAAGAAAAAGUGAAAUAAAAAAAAUGGGAUUUACGAAUGGCAAAGAGUAAUUCGAACCUUCCUAGUCCGCGAUACGAAAUCUGUACGAGGCUUUCAGAUUUUUUUCUACGUGUUGUACUUAUGAUAUGAAAGAGAGAGAGAGAGAGAGAGGGAGAAAGAAAGAGGGAGAGAGAGAUUAGAUAAAAUGAAAACGAAGAGAGAAGGAGAGUUAGAUGGAGAAUUGUUCGUGAUCGUUUUGUCUUUCACGUGGCCUCCGUGUUUCGUAUCGAAUAAUGGGAAAGUGAGAAGGUGAGAGUGAGAGAGAGAGAGAGCGAAAAUGUAUGUUGUGUGUGCAAAUGUACGUAAGAAAGAAAGAGAGAGAUCGGAUGUUUCUGUCGUAAAAUUGCAAAAAGAAAGGAAGAGGCGAGAAUGAGGACAAAGUGUGAAGCAAAACGUUGCAAUAAGUACGCGAAUCAAACGGAUCUCGGUUCGAAACGAGAGGCUCAGCUCAGCGAAGAAUCAAACAUGAUGUAUACUCUUUAAAAUAAAAAGAGAGAGAAAGUGAAGAAGGGGAAGAAACGAAACGACGAAAGAAAGAAAGAAAGAAAGAAAGAAAGAAAGAAAGAAAAAAAAAGUAUGCAAGAUGUAGAAAAAAAUAAAAAAAAGAACGUGUCAAGUCAAAAAAGAGAUCGAGAAGGGCUUUGAUCGCUAUGGAUUUUAUUUAAACUACUAAACGAUAUAUAGGAUGCAUACACGAAAAAGAGUACACGAAAGAGGAAGUAUAUAGUAUUAUACGUUUACAAUACAAUUAAACUUAACACUGUAAGCAAGGAAAGAAGUACGCAUAGUUUUCCAUACUCUGUAAUCGAUGUACUUGUUUAGAAAAAAAAAAAAAGAAUAAUGGAGAGAAAGAGAAAAUUUAUGAUAUACAUACCACACGGCCACAUAAAUUACAUAUAAAAUACGUUUCAAAUGGAAUAAUAAGGAAACAAUAUGAAGACGCUAAACCGAGACACGCAUAAUGCGAGAGUGAAAGAGAAAGAGAGUUACGUAAGAAAGAAAGAGAGAGAGAGAGAGAGAGAGAGAGAGAGAGAGAGAGAGAGAGAUCAACAAAAUAAUCUGUCUUUAAAAUGUCAUGUGUCUAUAACUAAUAGCCAUCGGUAUUGUCUCUUACAUAAAUGGUAAACAAGUAACCGUGGUAAUGUCGUAUAAUGUCAUAUAGUGAUAAUCGGACACUUUGCAAUACACCAUAUAUGAUAUAUAUAUAUAUAUACACAUAUACAUACACAUAUACAUACAUAUAUAUAUAUUCUUACAAUUAGAAUGAAAGGAAAAGAAGAAAAAGGAGAAGAGAAAUGAAACGCAUAUUGCUAACGUAACAAAAAUUGGAACACGCUGAAAGCGUACUUACAUACAUAACAUAUAUAUACCUAACUACCUACCUACCUAACUUAUCUACCUACUGUUGUAUAUGAAGAAGAGAUAACGGAGAAGAGUGGCGAGAGUAUGCGAAGUCGAAACGUGGAAAGAGAAGGGCGGGAGCAGAGGCAAAUCUUGAUUUACGAAGGACACCGUCUGAAAUCGUCUUUUAUCGGAUUACCGGCUUUCCUUUACGUUGGCUUCGUGCCGGUAAAGAAAGAUUUAAAAAAAGAGAAGGUCGAUUAAAAACUCCCUUGCGUAAACGACUCUCGCCUACUUGGCAAAAGUCACUCUUCCUUUUUUCUUUUCUUUUCUUUUUUUUUUUUUUUUUUUUGUUAUAUUUUUCUGACAAACAGCGAUUUGCAUUUUUCUAAACCUAACUUACGUCAUGAGAAUAUUACUUAUGAAUAGAAGAGAAUGAAAAAGAAAGAGAGAAAAUGGCCGCAGACGUCUCCACACACACACGCGCGCAAGAAGAUAUAUAUAUACGUAUAUGCAAUUCGAGGUAUUCAUUAUCGGGUAUUAUAUAACUUUUUUAUUUAUGAAAAUAGAAGGAAAUCUUUCGGAUAAUAUUUGUUCUGAUUCGGUUAUUGUUAGGAGGGAAUAAGAAUUGUAAUAGAUUUUUUAUGAAACGUAUUUUAUUUUCUUACGAGAUGCCAAAAAAAGUCUAUUUUUUCAAAGGAUAUAAUAAUAAUAAAGUUUUUUGUCUACAUAUACCUGUAUAUAUAAAUUAUAGGACAUGUCGAUGUGAAUUUCAUUCGAUUACUGAACGCUCAAAAUAGAUAAUAAUUUUUCAAUCAAAUAAGACAUAUUUUUUAAAAGAAAAUAAUAAAUAAUAUUUGAUUUAUAAUAUCUCGUAAAAUGAAAGACAUCAUAAUAAAUUUCUUAUACUUAUCGUAUUUCUUCUUAAACAUUAAUCGUACAAAUUUUGAUCCGAAAGAUAUUGUUCUAAUUUUAAGAAUAAUGAAUUAAACUUUUUCCGGCUAAAAAUCCGUUUCAAAUGUUUUCACCUUAAACAUAUACAUAUUAUACUCUAACUCACACUUUGGAGUGUCACGAGAAGAAACAAAAAGCAAAAAAAAAAGAAAAAGAAAAAGUAAACUAUAUAGAUUAUUCUACCAAGUAAGGAAUUAACCAGAAAGAGAAA